UUGCAGCUCUCAUACCCCGCGGAAGUUGGUUUGUGGAGUGAGGACGGGAUGUUGUUAAUUUGUCUGAAAUAGUGUAACACAAGUGGAUAUUUUUCUCCAGUUUUUCAGCACGGCUUUGACCUUCUGUUGCAGAAGCAGAGAAACGUUUGUUGAAGCAAAAUGUUGGAGUGUGGCAUGUUGGAGCAGGACAAACGGGCUCUUCGGAGACGCUCUGCUAUUCUCUGCAAACAGCUGGUGGUGGAUGAGCUCCUCAUUCAGUCAUUACAGGCAGAUGAAAUCCUAACGGAGAGCAUGGCAGAGAGCAUCAUGGCCGAGCAAACAUCUCAUAAACGAAGCUGGCGGUUACUACUACUCCUGCCAAAGCGGGGGCCCAGAGCCUUCAGCAGCUUCUGCUCCGCUCUGCGAGAAACUGAGCAGCAGCACCUGUGUGAGCUACUCGCACAAUCACCAGAAAAAGACAGCAGAGAGACACCUGUAGAGACUAUUCAGCCUGAGGAAGAGCCAGAGGGAAAUGCAGGGCGAGUAGUCAGGCAGACAACUGAAAAGAAGAGAGAGACAUCUUCAGUAGACAGAGAAGAAGAGAGAAAGGUGAGCAGCUCCUCAUCAGGCCCAGUCCAAGCCUCAGAUAGCUGCCGGCCCUCAGAGUCACCAAUCAGAGGAUUGAUCCCAGUCAGGGAGGAAGAUAGGAGGAUGAAGAAAAGAGGAAGAGAUAAGCAGACCGAUAGGUUUGUGGAGUCCUCUUAUCGACUUCCAACUCAGGAAGGAAUUGCUGCCAAGAGAGCAAGGACACACGAGUCCAUGGAGUUCAGUCUGGAUGCUGAUAGUCCCAUCAACACUCCCGUGCUCCCAUGCACUCCCGACUUUUACCUCUCUCAUUGCCAGCAGUCCUACAGAAUGACUUCAUCCCCUCGUGGUCUUGCUUUAGUGAUUAGUAACGUGACCUUUGAUCCUUGUGCUGCGACUGACCUUGACCCUAGGAAGGGGGGCGAAGUGGAUGACGAGGUCCUCAGGAAGGUCUUCACAGAGCUGGAUUACUCGGUGACAGUCAACAGAGACCUCACUGCUCAGGGCAUGAGGACGUGCAUUGAGAACUUUUGCCGUCGGUCAGACCACCGGACAACAGACAGCUGUGUGGUGUGUCUGCUCUCUCACGGAGUGGAGGGAGCUAUAUACGGUACAGACGGACAGCUCCUGCAGCUGGAUUGGGUGUUUGAGUCCUUUGACAAUGCACACUGUCCGCUGCUGCAGAACAAGCCGAAGAUGUUUUUCAUCCAGGCCUGCAGAGGAGAGGAGAUGGACUGUGGAGUGGAGCAGAUAGAUGGACCAGCAAGGACCUGCUCACCAAGCUGUGAACAGAGGGACGCUGGCAGAGAAGGACAGGGGGAUGCGACCUCCAGGCAGCGAGGGGACCUGGGGAGGCCCAGGAUUAAACUGCCCCAGCGGUCUGACAUGAUCUGUGGCUUUGCAUCUCUCAAAGGUCAGAGAAUUUGCACAGCCGCCAUGCGGAACACCAAGAGAGGAUCCUGGUUUAUCCAAGAACUCAACACAGCACUGCGCCUCCACUCCAGAGACACACACCUUGCAGACAUCAUGGUGCAGGUCAACGGGCGCAUUAAGGAGCGAGAGGGUUACGCUCCUGGCACCGCCCACCAUCGCUGCAAAGAGAUGUCGGAGUUCACCAGCUCAUUGUGCAAAGAUCUCUACCUUUUCCCCAAGUACCAGCCCCAGUAUUGACAUGCAGAUAUGCACAUACACAGAUUAACACACACACACACACAGAGCAUUCCUUAAAGCCUCUCCGCAAGGACACGCAGCAGUUCAUUCCACUCCAGUUACUACCACACACUCACACAUUGCUCUGUUACAACUUCACCAAACAGAGGAUUUAUUCAUUCAUAUCGUCUGUGUAAAUACUGCCUCCUCAGACACACACGCGUGCAUACACUCGCACAAAUCUUGGAAAGGAAAAAAAGGAGCGGGUUUAUGUUAAUCUACAUGUACUCGGAAAUGGGCAACGUAUUAGCAUACAACUUACUUGUGUAUUUGUGUGUCUGUGUCAAUGCCAGUUAGAGGGUUUAGUUGAUAAUCCUUUUUUAGUCGAAGACAGAAUUUUUUUCUUCCUGCACAGCUACUUUGAGGUUUCACUCUCUCUCUUUUUAAAAUGUAUUUUGUACACAGAUCUAUUUUUGUGGCUUUAUUUUGUAUGAAAUUGUUUUUAUAAGGAUUUUUAAGCUCAAUUUCUUUAUCUGUAUAUAAUGUUUGUUAAAAUAUGUGACCAUUUCUUGUUUUUCAUGUAGUGACAGGCAGGGGGCAGCACAGCAGAGACGAAUGCAUUUCAUCAUCUCUUUUUCAUCAAUAUUAUUCAUGGUCCCAGUUCAUAAUGAUCUUUGCUGUCAUGACAGCUUUCAUUUUAGACGUAGUCAGCUACAGUGCUGAUUAAAUGUUUUUUUCUCUAUGUUUGCCUUAUGUAGAAGAAAAAACCUACAGCGCAGCUUUAAAGGAAGAUUAUAUCAAAGUUUUUUUUUAUCUUUCAUUUGUGGGUUUUCAAUCUGGAAAAUAUUUUACCUUAAAUUUCAUAAAGGGCACCCACUUUAAAUUGACCUAGUAACAUCUCUGUUACUGUAAAUCUGUUCCCGUCAGGGUGGUGGGCUUCCAGGGGAAUGUGGUGCUACUUGUGGGGUCAUACACCUACAGUGUGAACUCUGACCUUUACGCUAACUCUGACUCCUUAAUGGUGUUUCUCCCAAUGUGGGUGCUGCAUAGUUAGUUAGUCUGCCUACUGUUUGGUGGUGUUUUUCUGUAUCUCUUGCAGUAUGGAUGUAUUUCUUUGUCUUCCAUAAACAAUAUGCAGUUUUGUACAGCAGCCUGUGCCAUAUGAGGAUGAUCUAUCCAAUGAAUUUAUGACCGUUGAGCUUU